CGGGCGCCCUGCCUCGCGGUGUGCCGGCGGGAGCAGUCUCGGGGUACCGCGGCCUGCCGGGGAGGAGUCGCCCGGGUCGCGUCGCCCAAGACAGUCCCGCCAUCAGGCCAUAUUUACCGAGGUCUUGGAGCGAUAUUGAGCCAUUGGAGGGGAUUCAUUGCGUAAAUGGCUGGGAUAAUACAUCGCUGAUGGGACAAUGACGCCCUGUAUUGGCUGUAGAUUUGCUCCAUUUCAUCCGAAAAUCAAUGACUUCGCCGCCCAUUCUUGUUAGGCAACCGCGACAAUAUCAUUUUGGGGAUGCCGACACACUGACUCCAGCGGCUGCCGGGGGCCGCCACGCGCUGGGGCGGCGGCCCCCGGCGCUGCCCCGGCCCGGCGCACGGGGGACACGCCUCCUUCCCCCUAAGGAAAGGAGGAACACAGAAAUAAUCGCAAUGAGCAGCGAUAAACAGCUCGGCGGGGCAUGGCGGCCAGGCGGGGUCAUCGUACACUGAGGUUAGGAAGAGAUUCCCUUGUUUCCCCCAACCACGGCGAUCACUCCCCUCAUUAGCGGGCGGGCGGCCAAUGGCGGCGCGGCGCGGCCCCGCCCACCAAUCAGCGGGCGGCGGCGGCGGCCUGUGCGUCUGCGCCACAAGUUUUGAGUGGCCGCCUUCCGUGUUUGCACAUGGAAAGGAGGCAAUGAUUUGAUAAGGGAAGACCAUAUUGGGUUUGUACCAUCUGAUUCUGGUAAUAGAGGCCGGAGCCACGCGCGAGGGAGGUGGUGGGCCUAGUGUGAGGGUGUCAGUGUGGUGCAAGUGUCCCGCGUGGCCAGGCGACCCGCUACUCACCCUCCACCUCCCGCUGCCACGUCGGCCCUGGAGUGUGACGCCGCCGCCGCCGCUCCUGCCGCUGCCGCUGCCGCAGCCGCCGCCGCCGCCGCUGCCGCCGCCGCUGCUGCUGCCGCCCGCCGCCCGUCUCCUGCAGGAUACUUGGCGUCACCCUCAAACAUGAAUUUCGGAUCCAGUAUGUUCUGCUACCACUGCCCCCCCAGCCUUCACCCCGGCACUUUCCCUGGGUUGGCUCACCCUUUCUCCCUUCCAGACACCAGCUACAGUUACCACCCAGACCUCCAUGAUGAAACCUUCGUCAGGAGGAAGCAGAGGCGUAACAGGACCACUUUCACCCUUCAGCAGCUGGAGGAGCUCGAAAACGCCUUCACGCAGACGCACUACCCCGACGUCUUCACCCGCGAGGAGCUGGCCAUGAAGAUCAACCUGACGGAGGCGCGAGUGCAGGUGUGGUUUCAGAACAGACGCGCCAAGUGGAGGAAGAGCGAGAGACUGAAGGAGGACCAGAGGAAGAGGGAGGCUGUGGAGGGUGACACCAACUCACAGGCCAAGAGCGAGAACGCCCAGGACGAUGACACCGCCCCUGGAACCACCCUCGAAGUCUCCUCACCACACUCACCACACUCCACACCUUCAUCCCGCCCACAGACACCAAUAUCCACACCCACCCACACCGACUACCCCGCCCACUCCCCACUCCCCCACACUUCCCCAGCCCCGGCCGCCUCCCCACCCCUGGAACCUGACCAGUCCGCAUCGCCCUUGAGUUACGACCACACCCCCUACGAGGAGAGGUCAGAGGGGCGCGACCUGAAGGAGGAACCGGAGGCGAAGGAAGAGGAGGGUGUCCGAGAGAGGUCAUCCGCUACGCCGCCCAAGCCUGCCUCGCCGAAGAGUGAAGAACGCCGGACGGAAGGGGCGGCCUCUCCCUCGAGCUCCGCCCCCCUCGGUGACGUCACCCCCACGUCACACAUCUCCCCGCCAAUCAUCCGGCCGCCUGUUUCCCUCGCCAGCGGGGUGGGCGGCGCCAUGGGCGGCGCCAGCUUCUCGCCGCAUCUCUUCCCGUCGCUCAUAGACAGUCGGUUCCGGCCCUUGAUAGAGCGCACGCCGGGGCUGUUCUUCCCGCCGCAUCUCCCGGGACCCCUCGCCUCGCACCUCUUCCCCCAUCUCAAAGGCUUCCCCGGGCUGUGUUCCUGCUGCCCGAUCAAGCCUCCGACCUUCAGCCCACUCUCCUCCCUCGCCUCCACCUCCCUCGCCAACCCUCUCUCCUCCCUCACAAGCCAGAGUCCCUCCCUUGCCUCCCUCGCCGGGCAGACUCCCUCCCUCGCCUCCCUCGCCUCCCAAACCCCAUCCCUCGCCUCCCUCGCCAGCCAGACGCCGCUCUCCUCCCUCACAAGUGAUCCGAGGAGUUCCAGCGUGGCGGAGCUCCGGAGGAAGGCACAGGAGCACAGCGCGGCGGUCCUGCAGAGCCUCCACGCGGCCUCCCUCCACAACCUCCAGCAGUCUCUCCACCAGUCCUCCGCCCUGAACAUCGAGAACCUCCUGAAGAAUGAGUCCCCGGUUCCUGGAUCAGAACGGGACGCAUCGCAGUAAUGUUCCUGUAUGCUCUGCGUCUACCAGCUCCUCUCCACUCCUCCUCCUCCUCCUCUUCUUCCUCCUGUCCUCUCUCCAGUAGCUACAGAAGGUUACAGAUGUAUAUACUCAUAGCCUGACGUCGUGUUAUAUUCCAUUACGUGAUUCCUUUGAGUCUUGUCGAUUCCCCCACGUCGAAGUAAGGUCUGCCCGAAUGUCUUUUUCUUUGGUCUCUCUCUCUCUCGCUCUCUGUUGGCCUCUACCCGCUUCAGUGGUGGAAUGCAUGGCGUGUGAUAGUCCCCCCUUCCUUCUCGUCCUCUUCCUCCUCCUCAUCCUUCUCUUAAUCAUGUGACAUACUAUAUAGUUUUGAGAGGCGCCUCCUUCUCCGCCGCCCGCCCUACACUCAUGCUCUUCGUUGUUAGCGUGUGAGUACUCCUCCUCCUCCUCCUUUUCCUUCUUUUCCUCUUCCUUUUCACUGAGUCGUAUCUAUUAGUCCUUUUCCUCUUCCUCUUCGUUUUCCUAUUCUUAUCUUCCAUUCCUAAUAUCCCCUUCUUUCUUCUCCUUCUCUAACGCUUCCUCCCUUUCUUCCUCCUCUUCCUCCUCUGUUAGCCCGAGUCGUAUCAAUCAAUCCUCCUCCUCCUUUUCGUCAACCUACUUUUCUUAUUAACUCAACCUUAUUUCUCCUACGGAACACGGCUGAACACUCUCCCUUAAAACCUACCGCUGGAAGUAACGUUGAGUAUGGUGGAGAAACACAAACAAGUAUAUCAUAGCUUCCCCUAAUACUUCAUACCGACGUGCUCUAUUGCGCUGCUAGAUGACGGACAAUUCGCUCUACCCAAUAGGACAAUGCUUCACGGAAAUUGACACGUUAGUUUAUCCUGCGACUUCGCUUGGUUCUGUUUAUUUCUGUUUAUUUGUACGCGUUUGCUUUGGGGUAAGAAUCGCAACCUAUCAUUGAUGGGUUGCGUGAAGGGGGGCCGAGGGACGCUCCUGAAGCUCGUGGGUGUGGUGUGGAGCGAGUGGGAUGAAAAGAUGAUAAUGUAAUACUGUUCUUCACGUGGGAUGAGAGACUUGGUGAUGAACGGAAGAGGGAAGAAAGGAAAGAAGAACGGAAGGGGAGGAGAGGAAAGAAGAACGGAAGGGUAGGAAAGGAAAGAAGACUGACAAUGUAGACUAAUAAAGGAAAUACAACAUGCUAGGUAAGAGAAAUGGGAGAUGAGAGUUGCUGCUAUCCCUCCCCUUCACCCCCCCGCGCCCCCCUUACUCCCCCCUUCCCAGCCAGAGUGAAAAAUUAACCUGACCAAUAAAUUGAUAUCCCAUUCAGUUCACGAGGAAAAGACUUGAUAGUUAUGUGUCCAGCGUGUUCUUUUCCCUUAUUUCACUUUUCCUAUUUUCCUUCUCUCCUCCUUCCCUUCCUCCUCUUCCCCUCUCCCUGUUUUUCUCUCUUCUUUUCCCUUUCUCCCUCCUCCUCCUUCCCCUUCUUUCCCUUUCUUUCAGCUUCCCUGUUUUCCACUGUCCUCUCUUCUUUCCUCCUUUCCUCCCUCUCCUCUUAAUUUCCUCUCCUCUCCUCUCUGUUUUCCUUUCUUUUUCUCCCUCCAUCCUUUCUCCUUUCCCGUCCCUCCCCUUAUUUCCCCUCCUCCCUCUCUUCCAUCCUUCCCAUUCCAUAUCUUCCUCAUGCCUCUCCGCUCAUCCCUUCCUACUCCUCCUCCUCCUCCUCCUCCUCCUCCUCCUCCUCUUCCUCCUACUCCUCCUUUCCUCUCCUUCCCAUCCUCUUCAGUAUCGGAGGAGCCUCAAUCCCUUAUCAGUUAAGCAGAAGAAGAAUCCGAGUAAUGAUCUAGUCCCUGAUUCUAUUUAUUACUAAGUCUGUUGUUUUUUGAGUGAGACAAAUUCUAUACAUCUUUAUAAAUAACCUAUGGAUACUAGAGCCUAUAGUUGUGUCUGUAUAGUAGUGUAAUGACGCUGUAUAUGUGUGUGUGUGUGUGUGUGUGUGUGUGUGUGUGUGUGUGACUGUUUACCGUUCACAUCCCACGUUCAUAAGUAGCUAGAGAGACGCACACACACACACACACACACACACACACACACACACACACACACACACUCACUGGUCUCUUCCCAACCUCCUCUUUUGUCCAUACCAUUAGCAUACAGUCCGGUCCUUUCUGCUACACACACACACACACACACACACACACACACACACACACACACACUAUCAUGCACGGAGAAAAUAAUAAAAGCGUGUAUAGACAAAAUUUAACAUAAUGUAGCAGCGGGAAAUGUUAUCAUGCACAGAAGACUCAGAAAAUGUUGUUAUUCCGUAUCUUUUUAUUUUUUUAUUUAUCUAUUUAUUAUUUUACUUGAUUUAUUUGUUUAUUUAUGUUUAUUUUGGGGGCUUGUUAAAUCAUUUUCUUGGCUUUUUUUUUCAUUUAUCUAUUUUUUAUCUCAUUUCAUUUUCCUAUUCAUCUAUUUUCUUUUUUUCAUCAUUUUUUUUUUUCAGUAUUUUUCGCUUGCUUGUUCUAUCACUGUCUUGUCCCAAAUUUCCCGAGACCAUUCCGCGGAGUCUGGGUCUGGACUUAACGGUUUUACACGGUCUAUAAUCUUCGUAAUUUAUAUUCACGAUUAUACUUUCCAAGCGGCGUGUGUGUGUGUCUGUGUCUAUGUGUGUGUGUGUGUGUGUGUGUGUGUGUGUGUGUGUGUGGUGUGCGGCGAGGCGAUGCACUCCACCACACACACACAUUUAAGAGAAGCAAGCGUUGGAUCAGCCUUCCCAGACUUUCCCAACCCUUGCCAAGCCUUUUCGAGCCUUGGCAAGCAGUGGUUAAAAUGGUUUCCUUACACAGAAGUCAUAAGCCCUUGUUCUUAAACGUAUCGGCACUCCAGAUCUCUUGUUUAAAAAGCCUCACGUAGAAGUCUCUUGGAAUUUCACUGGGCUGCCUUGUGAUCCUAGUGAUAGUUUUAACCUGACUUCUGUAUUUUGAACGGGAUUAACACCCAUGAAAACCCGGUUAAUCCCUGCACUUUGAACAGGAAAAGCACCCAAGAAUACCCGGUAAAUCUUCUCUGUGAUCUUGGAAAAUAGUCGUAUGCAGUGGGGGACCGAAGAAUAUGGACCUAUACAACUAUCAUUAUCAUUAUUACUACUACUACUACUACUACUAUUACUACUACUACUACUGUAUUUUGAAACCCGAGCACCCAAGAGGACCCGGUUAAUCCUCUCCUCUGUGGCCUUGAAAAAUAAUCGUAACUGGAGCCCGAUACGUUUAAGAAUGAAGACCUCUAUAGCUACUCACAUCCAAGUCUAGUUUUGUUACAUGAAUUUGCUCUUUGUAUUAUUCAGCACUUCGUAAUCGGCCUAGUUAAUGCAUACGUACUCUGUUUGAAGUGUUUCUCAUUUAUCGCAUCCAUAUUUUCCUUGUUAUUAUUAUUGUUGUUGGUCAUGAAUUUCCUUUACGAUUGGGAAUAAUUUGUUUGUUUGUUCAUUUGACAGUUUCGAAUCUAAAUCACCGUGUGUGUGUGUGUGUGUGUGUGUGUGUGUGUGUGUGUGUGUGUGUGUGUGUGUGUGUGUGUGUGUGUGUGUGUGUGUGUGUUAUUUUGUUUUCUAUUCCUUGUUUAGAUAUGAGAAGAUUAUGAUACGAGUGCGCGCGUGUGUGUGUGUGUGUGUGUGUGUGCGUAUAACAACAGAUAGCUACUUCUAGUCAUGUACGUAUUAAAGACACCGUUGCUUCAUGUACGUCUUUUAUAACACACACACACACACACACACACACAGAACCCCCCCCCCCUCGUGAGUACAUUAGCCGUAGCAUCCCAACAGAGCGUACACACACACGCACACACAUACACACACAGUCUCUAUGUAGAUAUUGUCCUAUGUGCGUGAGAUUUACGAGCACAAAUACGCUCAUGUACGCAGCAAGCAUCCUAUGUACGCUUCCCCCAUACAUACAUACAUACAUACAUACAUACAUAAAUACAUACAUACAUACAUACAUACAUGCACACUCAAGGCAAUCGUCUCACAUUGAUAUUCGUACACAUGUAAAUUUCACGCACACAAAUAACUACUCAUACAUGUGCACUAAUCCACGUUACGCACCUCUGUAAAUACACACACGCGCACACACACACACACACAC